GGUCUCUCUCUAAACUCUCUCUCUCUCUCUAUAUACCAUACACUCUCUUAUAUCGUACUAACUUGGGCGUCGGAGCGUAGAUCCCGGGGGCCGCCCCCCGCCUCACAGGUUCUUCCCUCUCGAGGAGAUCAGACGAAGGAGUCCAGAUCGGAGCCCCAUAACCGCCUAGUACAUUCUAGGCUCAAACAA